AUGCCUGGAUUUCCUGAUGCGAAACAUGCAUUCGCAGUGAGCCUGCCAGGACCGACGCUCUACAGCGGUUUUCAGGUGUUCGGCAUUUUCCUGCUUGCCUUUUCCCCUGCUCUCGCUCUGACGGCCUGUGGCCUCAGAGUGUACAGCAGGCGUUUAUCACACGGACUCGGACUGGAUGACUGGUUGAUCUUUCUAGCGGCUGUGCUGGGGGUUCCGCAAGCUGUUUUCGCGACGUUGUUCAUACGAGCCGGAGGUUGGGGCAUCCAUGACGCCGACCUCCCGCCAGACAUUCCGUGGAACCAAGGGGCAUUCUGGGCUUACAUCAACCGCGUCUUCUACACGCCCCUGCUUGUUCUGGUGAAGAUCUCGGCCUUGCUGUUUCUGCUCAGGCUCGGUGGCACCAAGAGAUCUGUUCGUCUAGCAUGCAAUGCCCUAAUCUGCUUCUUGCUGGCCCAACUUCUCGCCUUCCUCCCCGCCACAAUCUUCAUGUGUGAGCCGAUCAAUUAUGCCUGGCUUGGUACGAGGCACGGUAGCUGCUUCCGGGGAGAUUACUUCACCGUGGCUCUUGCAUCCACCAAUAUACUCACCGACAUCAUGACGCUACUGAUACCCUUCAUCGUCUUCCUACACAUCAAAUUGGCCAACAGAGUCCGGUACGCGCUACUAGCCGUCUUCACGCUCGGCGCACUCGUCACGGUCACGAGCGUGCUGCGCCUGUACUAUGUGCUGAGGCUGUGGCAUCUCCACCCGGAGGACCAGCACUACUCGCUCGGCUACACGCUCAACACGGUCGAGGUCAACCUCGCCAUCGUCACCGCCACCAUCCCGGCCCUCUGGCCGCUCGGCCGCCUCUGGUUCCCCGCCGUGUUCGAGUCCAUGGGCAUCAAUCGGCCCUACCUCUACCCGGACAUUGAGGUGGGGUACGUACUGUCCCAGCCCCGUGCCAGUCGCCAGGAGGCGCGCGACAGCAGUGCGGCGGCGGCGGCGGCUGGGGGGGCGACGACGCCGCACGCGAAGCCCGCGCUGAGAGGCAAGAUAUUGUGGCUGCAACGGCCGCGGCCGCCCAGCUUUUUGCGCCCUUUUUCUUCCAGCGGCGGUACCGGCGGUACUGGUGCUAGCGAUGGCGCUGGUAUUGGGCUCACGGACAUCCGGGGUCAGAGGGUGUUCGGUGCGACGGCCGGACGGAGGAACCGCGCUGGCGUGGUGGCGGGUGGAGAUGAGGAGGACGGCUUUGAGGACUAUCACGAAAUGAUACGGCGGACCGAAGUUAGUCUCGUGCACGAGGAGGAUGUUGCGUCGACACAUCACGGGCCUUUGGGGAGUGAUGCGGCGAGGUCGAGUUCCGAGAUUAGGGGUUGA